AUGGAUUAUGUCACCAGAUUCCAUGAACACACAAAAGGAUUAUUGGAUUUUAAUAAUCUUAACUAUUCGCCGUUGGCUUGGCUGUCAAUAGUCCCAACUUCAAAAAUAACCGCCGGCAGUUCCAGUUUUGAUUCGGGCUCUAGCUUGCAACGGCCUACUGCUAUUCCCGAUACGGGCCUACUUUGUGAUCUGUUAUGGUCCGAUCCGAGCAAAGAUGUGAAAGGAUGGGGAAUAAAUGAUCGAGGUGUUUCUUACAGUUUUGGUGCUGAUAAGGUUUCCGAGUUUCUAACCAAACAUGAUUUGGAUCUCGUGUGUCGUGCUCACCAGGUUGUGGAAGAUGGUUAUGAAUUCUUUGCUGACAGGCAGCUAGUAACUAUAUUCUCGGCUCCAAAUUACUGUGGUGAAUUUGAUAAUGCUGGCGCAAUGACGAGUGUCGACGAGAAUCUGCUGUGUUCGUUCCAAAUUCUGAAGAAGAUGCCCGGAUAG